AGGCGGAGGUCACGGCGCAGGCAACGGCAGAGCUCCUCAGUCCUACACCACAGCGACGGACCGUCCCGCCCCGGCUCUGGUCCGCCACCAUCCCAGCAUGCCUCUGCCUACGGAAGAGCGGCGGGGGCGGGGCCUUUCUGUACGCCGCUCCAGUUUUCUCUGUACUAGGGAAGGCGGAGCUGGUUGCUGGGGCAGGGGAGUGUGGCGUCGUCGCUGCGGAGCCCGGGACAGCGGGAUGUUUCGCCUUCGAGGUCUUGCUGCCGUGGCAGGCUUAGAGGCUGUUUCCCGAUGUUACCAUGGAAUGGCACAUCCCACCAGAAGCAGGCAAAGACUUAUGAUGGCAGCUUUCAUAGGAACAACUGCAGCUACAGCAAGUGCUGGACUCCUAUGGAAGAGAGCACAUGCAGAAGCACCGUCAUCUGUAAAACACAAUGCAAGGACAGAAACUAACGAAAAAGUGAAGGACCAAGAAGAAGAGGAGAAUGACGAUGAUAGAAAGACUGUUGACUCAAGUGGUGGAGGGGUUCAGCCAGAAGAGAAGAAGAAGAAACAACGUUCUGGAUUUAGAGAUCGUAAGGUGAUGGAGUAUGAGAACAGGAUACGAGCCUACUCCACUCCAGACAAAAUCUUCAGAUACUUUGCCACCUUGAAAGUAAUACAUGAGCAUGGAGAACCAGAGGUGUUUAUGACACCACAAGAUUUUGUGAGAUCCAUUACUCCUAAUGAAAAACAACCAGAACAUCUAGGUCUGGAUCAGUUUGUAGUGAAGCGGUAUGAUGGAAAGACAGAGGUAACAGAUGGGAAGUUAUCCCAAGAACGAGAGAAGUUUGCUGAUGAAGACAGUAUAUUUUAUACACUUGGAGAAUGUGGACUCAUCUCUUUUUCUGACUACAUCUUCCUCACUACAGUUCUCUCCACUCCCCAGAGGAAUUUUGAAAUUGCCUUCAAGAUGUUUGAUUUGAAUGGUGAUGGUGAAGUGGACAUGGAGGAGUUUGAACAGGUCCAGAGCAUUAUUCGCUCCCAAACUAGUAUGGGAAUGCGUCACAGAGACCGUUCUACUACAGGAAAUACUCUAAAGACUGGCUUCAGCUCUGCCUUGACAACAUACUUUUUUGGAUCUGAUCUGAAAGGAAAGCUGACAAUCUCAAACUUCUUAGAGUUCCAGCGAAAACUUCAGCAUGAUGUUCUGAAGCUCGAGUUUGAACGGCAUGACCCUGUGAAUGGGCGGAUCACUGAGCGUCAGUUUGGUGGCAUGCUGCUGGCCUAUAGUGGAGUGCAGUCAAAGAAGCUCACUCUCAUGCUGAAGCAACUCAGGAAACAUUUUCAAGAAGGAGAGGGGCUGACGUUUGAGGAGGUGGAAAGCUUUUUUACUUUUCUGAAGAAUAUAAAUGAUGUGGACACAGCUUUGAGCUUUUACCACAUGGCUGGAGCUUCUCUUGAUAAAGUUACCAUGCAGCAGGUAGCCAGGACAGUGGCAAAAGUGGAGCUCUCAGACCAUGUGUGUGAUGUGGUGUUUGCUCUUUUUGAUUGUGACGGGAAUGGAGAGUUGAGUAACAAGGAGUUUGUUGCCAUUAUGAAGCAGCGACUUAUGAGAGGUUUGGAGAAGCCCAAAGACAUGGGAUUUACACGACUCAUGAGGGCAAUGUGGAAAUGUGCACAGGAGACAGCUUGGGACUUUGCCAUGCCCAAACAAUAACUGCAGCAAAUGGAAGAACCUGGUUAACAUAUGUUAUUGGGGGCCAUAAAUCUGUACUGCUCCUGCAGAAUGUACCAUUGUCAGAUGCUCUGCAGAUGAAUAAUCUUCACACAGAAAUCUACUGAAUGAUUGUUACGCUGAACUAGAAAAAAACCACCCAGAGGACACAGACUACUAACAACUGGAGUUUUUCCAAACACCAGAACAGAAAUUGGAGCCUACUGUAUCUUCUCCUUUAAUUUUUCCACUGCUGAUGCCUGUUUAAUAUUAAUCUCUCAGGAAAAUUACAAAAAUAAUUAGUUCUGUGUAUUGCAGCCACCAGCUUCAUCUCCAUAGUAUGCUCCGGUGUCCAACAAAACCAGGAUUUUAUGUAGAAUUGAAUAUGGAUAGCUUCAGAGAACAAUAUUGGUCGGAACAGUCCCAUAUGUGUCAAGCAGUGGGACAGAAAUGCCUAGCAAAUCUACUAGUAGCAAAUCCUAGUCUUUUGCUCCUGAAUGAUUUUUAGUUUAGAUUUUAAGCACUAUUUACAAAAAAGUGUGUUUAGAAUGAGCUUUUGAAAAGAGCUGGGUUUACAGAAAACAAUAGCAACCUUUGUUUAUUACAGAAGCUGUCCGUAAGAUUAAGGACAGAAGGGUCCAGCAAGGGUGAGAAGAAUGCCACAGAACUUUCUUCUAUAGGACUGUUUGUUUUUCCCAGUUGGAUUUCUUAUCUUGCAGGUGUGGUGUGAAAUAGGGAUAUGCCUGGUCAAGCAGGGGGCUGUCUGAGGCUUAGUUACUGCCUUGGAUAUAAGGAGUUUUAAAAUGGCUUAAUUUUUUCCCACCUUUCUCCUCCCUCAGAAGAACCCUGCCUUGCAUAAGCAACCUAACAUAUAUGCUCUUUGUAAUUCUCUUUUUAAUAGGGGGCUCCUCCCCCUGUGAGAUUGUCCUUCUGUAUGGGGUACUGGCUUUAAAGCUGCUAUUUACUGAAUGCUUCAACAUUGUAAAAUAUUACUUUAAUUACAUUGGUUCAUAACAAAAGCAAAUGCUCAUCUUUCAUCUGUGUUUAUGGGAAGCCUCAUGGCUUUGUCACAUUUGACUUUAUUGGCAGAAAGUCAACAAAAAUCUGAACUCUCUCUAAAAUAAACUCCUACUAAAUGUAAAAGGAGAAAACACAAAGCAUCCGU